CUGCAAUCUCCGCCACGAUUGCUGCGAUGGAUGAUACGGAUCUAGUCCACCAGAGAAAGCGCCGCCGUGCCAAGGUCGCCUGCGAACCAUGUCGCGAGAGGAAGCGGAAAUGCGACGGCCGCGAGCCAUGCGGGACGUGUACGCGACUUGAGUAUGACUGCAGUUACAAGGGAAUGGCAGGCCAAGCGAGAAAUAUACCAGCCCCGUCAAGCGGUUUCGGAGCUGCAAUCGAGACAUCUGCGUCUACCAGUCAGCCAGACGAGAGGAGGAAAAGGAAGCACCCGUCCAGCGGCCCGGUAGUCGACGUGCACCGCCAUGUCCAGCUGCUGGAGGCCAAUUCUGGCGCCGCAUUCGUCAGGAAACUUGGACUGAAUAUUGAUCCUUCGAAUGCACCUCGGUUGCAUCUAUUUGGUUGGAAUAUCGGAGAGCGCCUGGCGAGAUGCGCACCUGGGACUGCCCAGCCGGUGACAAGCAUGCUGACCGCAGCCGAGAUGACUCGCCUGGCCCUGAUUUACUUCGACAAAGUCGCCAAAACAUACGGCUGUAUAGACCGCAGCCUCUUCUUCAAGCGACUGCACGCCAGAUGGAAUACCCCGGGGUCCAUCACAACCUACGACCCGGUCUUCUGCGGCGUCGCGGCCCUGGCAUUGCAUUUCUCGGAGCGCUUCCCCAUGGCCUUCGAGCCCGAUCUCGUCGAGACCGCAAAGACUCUCCUAGAGCAGAACUCCCUGCAAACGCCACCGUCUGUCGAUACAGUCACAGGCUGGAUCCUGCGCGUUGCAUACCUCCGCAUGACUUCCACACCCCACGCAACAUGGCUCGCCAGCUGCUCGCUCAUGCACGUCGCUGAAGCCGCCAAUAUCCACCUCGAAGGCCACCUCGAGACCGUCUUCAACGACAACCCCUCCGAAACAAUCGCACUCGAUCUCCGCCGCCGCCUCUGGGGUCUCGCGCAGCACCUCAACACCUGGGCCUCGUUCGACCUCGGCCGCAGCAGGAUCACCCUCUCCGGCGCCUGCACCACAAAGCCAGUCGAAGCCGGGCCAGUAGCAGCGUCAUCUACAGCAGCAGAAGCACCCCCAGGAAGCAUAGGCACACCAGGAGACUGCACCUCGCAAGUCCUCUCGCUGAUCCCCCUAACGGAGCAUCUCGACCCCAACAAGCCGCGCUCGGUCGAAGAGCUCGAAAACGACAUCAUCCAAGUCCUCGCCGAGACCCGCGAUGCUCCUUCCGCCACCAUGGCCCAGGUGAACCUCAUGCUGUGUAUAUUCCGACGCCUCCGCGCACAGGGGUCCAUCGAUACCCUGCACCCGCACAUGGACCGCAUUAUCGCGCUCGCCAUGAAAGGCCUGGACGCGUCCCUGUCUAUGGUGGCUAGUUACAGCCCCUGGCACCACGCAGCGAAUAUCCCGUUCCAGGUUGUUUGUCUGUUAUUGGCGAUUGAUAGCCAGGCGUCGCUGGGGCUGUUGGGGAGGGCGAUGGGGGCGUUGAGGGCUGUUAGGGAUUUGUGGGAUAGUGCGGUUAUGCGUGAGGCGUAUAGUACGGCAGUGCUGUUGGUUUAUUUGCAUCAGAGGCGGAAGGAGGAGGAUGCGAGGAGUUUGAGGGGGGUGUUGGAGGCUUAUUCUACGACGGCUUCGACGCCUGGCGAGCUUGGGUCUGCUGCUGGAGUGGAUGCUGGGUUGGGGAUGGGAGGUUCGUCGGUUGAGGUUGAGACAGGGCAGCAGGACUGGACGGCGGCGUAUGCAGCGGAGGUUUCGUGGUUAGGGAAUCUGGUGUCUGAUAUGCCGGCAUUGAGGGAGAUUGAUGUAGAGCAGUUCUUGAUGCAGCCUGGUGGUGGCGGGGGGUUCUCAAUAUAAGUAAUCUAAUGCAUUAUUGAAUCAAGUUAUUAUACACUCAUCUAUACAAAAAUAUUAUCUUAAACCUUCACCACCCC